CAGAGUAGUAUAUUGUUUGUCCACACAUUCGUUGCUUUUCACUGUUUGAGAACAACUUUUCCAAGAUCUUAAACGUAAAAUGAAACAUACCGUGGGCUGAAUGGAAGAAAUUUCCGUGUCGCAGCUAUGGUUAGUAAAAUUCUCAUUAUUCUGCCGAGUCUCGAAAGUAACGAUUCUGUAGUUACGUAGAUGUUUUUCAGUAUUAAGGUGUCUUUGAAAUUGGCUGCUGUAGUUUGCCGAGAAGUUGCACAAGUUACAAAAAAGUGGAUCCUCUGCACGUCUCUUCAUUCUCCCUCUUCAUGUUAUUCUGGUCUGUCAGAUUGAAAUAUCGCGCGAAAAAAAUCGAAGGGGCGUUCGGAACAGGUAAAACCGAAAAGCAAUUAACGUUGAAUAUGCUAUUUGUAUGAUACUUUCUUCGUGAGAUUUUUUUCAAAUAUAUAUCAAAGGGAAAAAAAGAUGAGAAAAGUAAUAAAUUUCAUUAAUUUCAAAAUAUAUGAAACAUGAUAAUGGCUUGGUUACACUUCCUGUCGGUUCUCGAUGUUGACAGUUCUACGUAAUAUUUUACGUCAUUCAUCAUCUGUUGGAAACUGACAGUGCGUAAAAGAAACAGUAGGCCUUGCUGAGACUGAUAUUUUGAAGAAUGGCAAACGAUUCACAGCAAUCGCUAGAUUUGUUCCAUGGUUCACAAGAUUCAGAGAAUGACAAUGCCCCUCCUAACCUCCCUCCACUGGAAAGACCAGUAAAUAUGAAGAUGAUCUAUGAUGAGAUCUGUAGUUUGAGGAAAGAGGUCCAGGAUAUUAGAAAAAUCCUGGACGGCCGUAGCUCUAGGUCUGCUCCUACAGCUUCUGCAAACUUCCAAGUGGAGGGAUCAAAUGUGAAGAAACCACUUACAGCUUUCUUAAAAAGCUUAUUUUUUACAUACCCAUGGGUCACCGACACAGAUGAUGAACUUAAGCAAAAGGUUACAGCCAUAUUGACCCAGUGUGGUUGGGAGGAAAAUGGGAGCAUGUUGAUUACAUGCUUCUCAUUUGCAUCACACUCAUUCACAAGUUGGAGGAAUCAGGUCCGACAAAAGCUGGUUACUCCAGACAAAAAUGUGGAAGGAAUGCCUCUGAAGGCACUUCAGAGAUAUCUCUACAGUGCCUUCUGGGUUUGCCCAUCCCCCAUUGAUGAAAAGAAGAACUUCAUAGUGACACUUGCCUUGAGAGCAUUUGCUGAUGGCCAUAAACUCUUUCAAAAAAGUUCCAGUGCGACUGCCAUCGACUUCUGGAGAGCGUUCAAAAAGAACAUGGAUGCCAUGAUGAAACAGUCUCCAGAUCGAUGGCAGUCACUGGAACAGAGAAUUGUAAAAAAGAUUGAAGCCAAAAAUAAAGAAGACUGAAAAUAAAAUACAGUGUCUGUUGUGAUUACUCGAUCCAGUUGUUUGGUCAAGAAAUAAUUGUAAUCAAGAGAAACACAGGAUUUAAAUUUAAUACAAUUAAAAAGAAUAAUUGUUUAUCUUAGGUGAGAAUCUCAAGUGAAAUGAAAUCAAAUUUUUCACAAAAUGGACAAAUGAAUGUGCAUAAA